CUCGAAGCUAUAGUUAACUUACUAAUGAAAACGACGCGAGGCUCUAAAAUGGAAAGCGGCGACGAGAGCCCGGUGGUUCUGAUAACGGGAUGCUCGCAGGGAGGAAUCGGUCACGCGCUGGCGCGUGAGUUCUCCGUGAACGGAUGUCGAGUGGUUGCGACGAGCCGAUCGCGGAGCACGAUGACGGAUCUGGAGCAGGAUCCGAGGCUGUUAGUACAGGAGCUCGAUGUGCAGUCGGAGCAGAGCGUGAGCAAAGUCAUAUCGAAUGUGAUAGAUAAGUUCGGCCAAAUCGACGUUCUCGUCAACAACGCCGGCGUGCAGUGCGUCGGACCUCUGGCGGAGAUCCCAAUUUCGGCCAUGGAAAACACCUUCAACACCAAUGUCUUCGGUUCCAUGAGGAUGACUCAAGCCGUUGUACCUCACAUGGUUUCCAAGAAGAAAGGAAAGAUUGUGAACGUUGGAAGUAUCACUGUUAUGGCACCAGGUCCAUGGGCAGGGGUCUAUACAGCAACCAAAGCUGCUAUCCACGCUCUUACCGAUACCUUGAGGUUAGAGCUCGGGACCUUUGGCAUUGAUGUAAUCAAUGUCGUCCCAGGAGGAAUACGAACAAACAUAGCAAACUCAGCUGUAGCAAACUUCAACAAAAUGCCUGAGCUGAAACUAUACAAGCCUUACGAAGAAGCUAUCAGGGAGAGGGCGUUUAUAUCGCAGAGGAUGAAGCCAACCCCUGCAGAAACAUUCGCCAAAGACACCGUAGCAGCGGUGCUGAAGAAGAACCCGCCCGCUUGGUUCUCUUCAGGCAGGUACUCAACCCUCAUGGCGAUAAUGUACCACAUGCCCCUUUGGUUCAAAGAUUUUGUCCAGAAGAAGGCUUUAAUGAAAAAGGGUUGGGAUGAUCGACUGAGGAAUUUGAGAUUGUUGAUUACCUUAAAUCAAUCUAUCCCAACGUCAAUCACUACUACAUUAUUCAAAUUGAAACAUGAGAUCAAACAUAAACCUACUGUACCGUGGGGCAUGUAUGUAGAACAAGAAAUGGCGCCAACUUCACAAGUGCUGAUGACGACCAGUUUGUUCCUCGGAUUUAACAGAAGACACGUCGUCGUAAGACGUCAACAGUCUCCUCGUGCCUCUUCUCUCAGAGGUUUAUCAGAUUUCGCUUCCCUCCGAAUGCAAAUAAGCGACGAGAGCCCGGUGGUUAUGAUAACGGGAUGCUCGCACGGCGGGAUCGGACACGCGCUGGCGCGUGAGUUCUCUGAUAACGGCUGUCUGGUGGUGGCGACGAGCAGAUCACGGAGCACGAUGACGGAUCUGGAGGAGGAUCCGAGGCUGUUCGUGCAGGAGCUUGAUGUGCGAUCGGAGCAGAGCGUGACCGAAGCCAUAUCGAAUGUUAUAGAUAAGUUCGGCCAGAUCGAUGUUCUCGUCAACAACGCCGGCGUUCAAUGCGUCGGACCUCUCUCGGAGAUCCCACUAUCUUCCAUGGAAAACACAUUCAACACCAACGUUUUCGGUUCCUUGAGGAUGACUCAAGCCGUUGUACCUCACAUGGUGUCUAAGAAAAAGGGAAAGAUUGUGAACGUUGGAAGUAUCUCUGUUAUGGCACCAGGCCCAUGGGCAGGGGCUUACACUGCAACCAAAGCUGCUAUCCAUUCUCUAACCGAUACACUCAGGUUGGAGCUCGAGCCGUUUGGCAUUGAUGUCAUCGAUGUGGUCCCAGGAGGAGUACGAUCAAACUUAGCCAACUCAGCUGUAUCAAUCUUCAACAAAACGACUGAGCUGAAACUAUACAAGCCUUACGAAGAAGCUAUCAUAGAGAGGGCCUUCUUCUUUCAGAAACAUAAGCCAACUCCUGCAGAAACAUUCGCCAAAGACACUGUCGCUGCGGUGCUAAAGAAGAACCCGCCCGCUUGGUUCUCUUCAGGCAGAUACUCAACAUUCAUGGCGAUAAUGUACCACAUGCCCCUUUGGUUCAAAGAUUUCGUCCAGAAGAAGGCUUUAAUGAAAAAGGGGUGA